UGCUUCCAUUUUCCAUUAUUAUGUGGACUACCGGAGCGACAGCGCAGUCCAAGACCUUGCAGCUGUUUGCUUUUAGGAUGUCUCGCCGCAAGCAAGCUAAACCAAGAUCACUCAAAGAAACUCAGAUUCUAGAAACAACCAGUUGUAUGAAGCCUUGGGGUUGGCGGAGGAGGAAAAGAGUAGAAGAAAAUGAAACAGAGGACCAUCAGGCAGGUGUGGGACACCCAGCCGCACAAACUGACUCUAACUGUAAACUAGAAGACAAGGCAGAAGAUGGAGAUGUGCUAGACUGUAAGAAAAGGCCGGAUGAAGGGGAGGAGUUAGAAGAAGAAGCUGUGCACAGCUGUGACAGCUGCCUCCAGGUGUUUGAGUCACUGAGCGAUAUCACAGAACACAAGAUUAGUCAAUGUCAACUGACAGACGGAGUGGAUGUUGAGGAUGACCCCUCUUGCUCAUGGCCAGCAUCAUCGCCUUCCAGCAAGGACCAGACUUCCCCGAGCCAUGGAGAAGGCUGUGAUUUUGGUGAAGAGGAAGGAGGCCCAGGGUUGCCCUAUCCAUGCCAGUUCUGUGACAAAUCGUUCAGCCGCCUCAGCUACUUAAAACACCACGAGCAAAGUCACAGUGACAAGCUCCCUUUCAAGUGCACAUACUGCAGUCGUCUCUUCAAACACAAACGGAGCAGGGACCGCCACAUAAAGCUUCAUACGGGAGACAAAAAAUAUCACUGCAGUGAGUGUGAUGCAGCGUUCUCAAGGAGUGAUCAUCUUAAAAUUCACUUAAAGACUCAUACGUCCAACAAGCCAUAUAAGUGUGCCAUUUGUAGACGUGGAUUCCUGUCAUCUAGUUCACUGCAUGGACACAUGCAGGUUCACGAGAGGAACAAAGAUGGCUCUCAGUCCGCUUCCCGGAUGGAGGACUGGAAAAUGAAAGACACUCAGAAAUGCAGUCAAUGUGAAGAAGGCUUUGAUUUUCCUGAAGAUCUUCAGAAGCACAUUGCAGAAUGUCACCCUGAGUGUUCCCCUAAUGAAGAUCGAUCUGCUCUUCAGUGUGUUUACUGUCAUGAACUCUUUGUAGAGGAAACGUCCCUGGUAAAUCACAUGGAGCAGGUUCAUAAUGGUGAGAAGAAGAAUUCAUGCAGCAUUUGCUCUGAGAACUUUCAUACUGUGGAGGAGCUGUACAGCCACAUGGACAGUCACCAGCAACCAGAGUCGUGCAACCACAGCAACAGCCCAUCUUUGGUAACUGUGGGGUACACCUCAGUAUCUAGCACUACUCCAGAUUCGAAUCUCUCAGUGGAUAGUUCAACAAUGGUGGAAACGGCUCCUCCUAUACCAAAAGGGCGUGGAAGGAAGCGGGCAGCUCAGCAAGUGCCAGAUAUCACUGGUCCUUCGAGUAAACAAGCAAAAGUUACUUAUAGCUGCAUUUAUUGCAACAAACAGUUAUUUUCCAGCCUUGCAGUUUUGCAGAUACACCUGAAAACUAUGCAUUUAGAUAAACCCGAACAAGCCCAUAUCUGUCAGUACUGUUUGGAGGUAUUGCCAUCUCUCUACAAUCUGAAUGAACAUCUUAAGCAAGUCCAUGAAGCUCCAGACCCAGCACUGAUUGUUUCUACCAUGCCUGCCAUGGUGUACCAGUGCAACUUCUGCUCUGAAGUGUUCAAUGACCUCAACACCCUUCAGGAACAUAUCCGCUGUUCUCAUGGAUUUGCCAACCCUGCUGCUAAGGACAGUAAUGCAUUCUUUUGUCCCCAUUGCUACAUGGGAUUUCUUACAGAUUCUUCUCUGGAAGAGCAUAUUAGACAAGUCCAUUGUGAUCUUAGCAGUUCCCGUUUUGGUUCCCCUGUGCUUGGAACCCCAAAAGAUCCAGUGGUGGAAGUGUAUUCUUGUUCUUAUUGUACAAAUUCUCCAAUAUUUAAUAGUGUUCUUAAACUGAACAAGCAUAUCAAGGAGAACCAUAAGAACAUUCCUUUGGCGCUGAAUUACAUCCACAAUGGAAAAAAGUCCAGAGCCAUGAGUCCGUUAUCUCCUGUAACCAUUGAGCAGACCUCUUUAAAGAUGAUGCAGGCAGUCGGAGGUGCUCCUCCUCGUCCUGCAGGGGAAUAUAUUUGUAAUCAGUGUGGUGCUAAGUAUACUUCCUUGGACGGUUUUCAGACUCAUUUGAAAACACAUCUUGACACUGUCCUGCCAAAACUGACCUGCCCUCAGUGCAACAAGGAAUUUCCAAAUCAGGAGUCUCUGCUGAAGCAUGUUACCAUUCAUUUCAUGAUCACCUCAACCUAUUACAUCUGUGAAAGCUGUGACAAGCAGUUCACUUCUGUGGAUGACUUGCAGAAGCACCUACUGGACAUGCAUACAUUCGUGUUCUUCCGCUGCACCUUGUGCCAAGAGGUUUUUGACUCCAAGGUCUCCAUUCAGCUACACUUGGCUGUGAAGCACAGUAAUGAAAAGAAAGUAUACAGAUGUACAUCUUGCAACUGGGAUUUCCGCAAUGAGACUGACCUACAGCUUCAUGUGAAACAUAACCACCUGGAGAACCAAGGCAAAGUACACAAGUGCAUCUUCUGUGGUGAGUCGUUUGGUACAGAAGUGGAGCUGCAGUGUCACAUCACUACGCACAGCAAGAAGUACAACUGCAAGUUCUGCAGCAAAGCUUUCCAUGCUAUCAUCUUGCUGGAAAAGCACUUAAGGGAAAAGCAUUGUGUUUUUGAAACAAAAACUCCAAACUGUGGAACCAAUGGGGCAUCUGAGCAAGUUCAGAAAGAGGAAGUGGAACUCCAGACCUUGUUGACAAAUAGCCAGGAGUCCCAUAACAGCCACGAUGGCAGUGAAGAAGAUGUGGACACAUCUGAGCCUAUGUAUGGCUGUGACAUUUGCGGAGCAGCUUACACAAUGGAGACUCUCUUGCAAAACCACCAGCUUCGAGACCACAACAUUCGACCUGGAGAAAGUGCCAUAGUGAAGAAAAAGGCCGAACUCAUUAAAGGGAAUUACAAGUGUAAUGUGUGUUCUCGAACAUUCUUUUCUGAAAAUGGGCUCCGAGAACACAUGCAGACACACUUGGGACCAGUGAAACACUAUAUGUGCCCAAUCUGUGGCGAGCGGUUUCCGUCUCUUCUGACUCUUACUGAACAUAAGGUCACACAUAGUAAGAGCCUGGACACUGGAAACUGCAGGAUUUGCAAGAUGCCCCUCCAGAGUGAGGAGGAAUUUUUAGAGCAUUGUCAAAUGCACCCUGACCUGAGGAACUCCUUGACAGGGUUCCGCUGUGUGGUGUGCAUGCAGACAGUGACCUCCACGCUGGAACUGAAAAUCCAUGGCACGUUCCAUAUGCAGAAGACUGGAAACGGUUCUGCUGUGCAGUCUACAGGACGCACACAGCAUCUCCAGAAACUGUACAAGUGUGCGUCUUGCCUGAAGGAAUUCCGCUCAAAACAGGAUUUAGUGAAACUUGACAUCAACGGUCUGCCAUAUGGUCUGUGUGCUAGCUGUGUUAAUCUCAGUAAAAGUGGUAGUCCAAGUGUCAACAUCCCUUCAAGCAGUAACAGACAAGGCAUGGGCCAAAGUGAGAACUUGAGUUCCAUUGAGAACAAAAGCAAGGCAGGGGGACUGAAGACUCGAUGUUCUAGUUGCAAUGUUAAGUUUGAAUCAGAAAGUGAACUCCAAAACCAUAUUCAGUCAAUCCACAGAGAGCUUGUUCCAGACAGCAACAGUACACAGCUGAAAACACCACAAGUAUCUCCAAUGCCUAGAAUCAGCCCCUCCCAAACUGAAGAGAGCUGUAUGCCAGGAUGGGCAUGUCACAGCAGGGGACACCAGGCACAUCACAGCACCGUUCUGGAGGGAGCCGUGAAAGUGCAGGCUGACAAUGAGCUUGUGGAGAUGGGGUCACAAAAUUCAAAUGCUGUGGAGAGCUUAUGGCUCCUUGAAACUCAAAUUCUACAACGUCAGAUGAAUCCAGAAAAUGGUAUCACCCUGGGAUAAAGAAUGGAGCUCAGGUAGGUGUACUGUUUUAUCAUUACAUUUUUUUUCUUUAUUUAUUCAUGAGCCCUGAAUCUAUUUUUUUCUCUCUUACUGUUGUUCCCCCUUUCCCAAAACACUACCAGACUCACAAGGACAGAAAACAGGAACUGCCUUUUGAAGUAGCUGGUUUAUUUCAGCAGCAUGCACUGGCAGUCAGAGGCAAAAAGAAGAGAGAAAAGACUGUGAGCAACCCAGAAAUGUUCCCAGAUGCAUGCUUUUGGCAGGGCAAGCAAUAGCAUUUUAGCAAUAUAAAUCACUGUGCUUUUAACUGAAAAAAUGCACUGAAAUCAAUACUCAUGCAUUUAAUUGAAAUACAUAAAGAAAUUAAAAUAAUCCUCCUCAUCAGCAAUCCAAGCUGAUCGUUCUGACUACAGGAUUUUUAUGAAUAAGCACAUAAACUUGUAAUGUAAACAUAAGUAGUGCCUUGGGUUUCCUGUCAGUGAAUCCAGGCCCAGAACAAGUGAUUUUAAUGCUGCAUUUUGGAUCCAGGGACAGAAAGAGGUAAAGAAGGUUUGUUGCUGGCACAAAGAUUUGGCUUUGAAAUAGUUUGUGGAACUAAUCUGUGACAAACAUAUUUUCUGCUUCUGGAGUUUAAGAAUGAGUUCACUAAAAAUACCAUUUUUUAUCUUCUUGCAUCAUUUUAACACGGCUUUCAGGAAAGUAUUAUUUAAAAUAUGGCCGUAUAUAUUUUUAGAAAGCGCCAACUUAUUUUUCUUGCCACAUUAGGCUACCUCCACUUUGCACUAUGCUUUAAUUUCUAGUAGUGCCACUGCUAUGACAUGGCUGACAAGAUCCAGGCCUUAAGCAUUUGUCUUCUCUUUGUCUUUAUACUUUCAGGAGUGAGCUAUCAGAAUCCUCUCUGAAUUUAACAAGGAUGGUAUUAUUUAUUAUCCUGUUGCUAUAAAUCCUGCUAAAAUUAAGCAUCAAAUUUCCCACCUCACACACCCCAUGAAUUCAGUGUGUGAAAGGAAGCCAUGUGUUGGUUGGGAGCUGCUGAACAGAAGCAAGAGGGAUGAUUGGAGUGAGUUUUCUUAGCUACCUGUCCACUGAUCAUUAAAAUCUAAUGCUGUGUGUCUGUCUUGUUGUUUGUCAGAGGCUUCACAUGGGGAAUUGGGAGAGCUGGCUUCUUCACACCCGUGGAAAACUUUGCAUGAGAGGAUGAAAGGAUAACACGUUCUCCAAAGUUUUCAAGAGCACCAAACCAAAAUUUCCAUUAAAUAAUGCAAUGAGCAGGGGAAUGCCUGCUUGAAGAAACACAGAACUGGAGAGGGACAUAGGAAUGUGGAUGAAGGCUUUAAGCAUUACUAGAGAGGGCAAAUGGAAAUUUAACAAAGCGUUAUGAGACAAAACGUCCAGAGAUGUAUACCCAACAGGUCAGCUGUGCAGCCCACUGUCCUCAUAGGGCUUUCCCUGUACUUGUAUCUGCUGGCCAACUGACCAGUGUAACAUGCUAAAAGUUCUACACAGCCCCAAAGGAAGAUCAGAACAGUGAUGAGUGUUUGCAUUCUGACCUCAGAACUGGGUAGAAAAAAGAAAAAAUUUCACCAGAUUUUCUAGCCUGAUCAUCUUUAGGAACAAGGCAUGGAAAAUCAUGGCAUAUCUCUUUUUGUCUGCUGGUUUGCAUACCUCUAGGGAGUUCUCUCACUUCCCGCUCUUAUUUUUGGACUACUCUUGGCCAAUUUCAAGGAAAACUUCAUAGAUGAAUAGUAAUCUCAAAGCCUAUGAAGUUUUUACAAUAUUUGGGAAGAGGAGUGACAUGGCAGGUGAUAGAAUACAAAUAAGAAAGAGGCCUUUAAGAGAUCCAAACCAGGAAGAAGGCUUUAGCUGAAGUUCAUACCUGCUUUUUAUGCAGAAGUCAAGCAAUGAAAAGAAAUGAAGCUAUAAGAAACUAUGUUCUGUUCUUUGUGAUACCCACAGGCCAGCUUCUUUAGUGACUGUAAAUGAGAAUUGUUUUUUAUCACUGCUCAAUAAAAUUGUUAUAUGUAA